ACUUAAACAGGUUUUUAAAUCCCCACCAUUUCCGAUACCUAGACAAACAGAACGUUCACGACCAACUACUUUACCUGUGUGUGGAUAGCUAUAGUUGGGAAGAUAACGGUGUUAACACUCAUUACUAUGGCCGACAUGGCACCCUGUUAUAUCUACCUGGUGGUUUUAGCAUUAUGUGUUGACGAGGGCAUGGGGAGUACGAUGCGGCCCGGGGGUUCUACAUUACAGCCGGGAGCCACAGCAACACCGGCCCUAAUUUGCACGAUCCCGUCCAACAUCCCGACGACCGACUGGAUAAAAGAAUCCUUCCCGAACCCUAGGGUAAACGUUACGUUAUGCGGUCGGGAGUGUAUGAAAUCCUGGGUAUGUGACCCCUCGGGGAUUCUCAACCCCAAAGACGCUGACUUCUUGGACGACCAGAUAGACGCCCUCGCCACCAACGGUCAAUGUGGCUGCAGAAAUUGUGUGGUGGGGAAAGAUGGCUACAAAAUCGGAGUGGCACUCGUACGAAAGAUGGGAAUGAAGUCUUUCGUUGUGUCAAACAAUGUCGAUAAGGAUAAUGAAGCGAUGGAGUUCUCCGCUUAUCUGAGGUCCGUAUCCUGGAAGUUCGGCACAUGUGAUAAUAGCAUCGUUAUCUUCUAUUCUCAAGAGGACAGGAAGAUGAUGACAUCAACUGGUGCAAGAGCAAAUCACGUCCUCACGGUGAACUGUACCGGGGAGAUCUUUAACGAGGUUAAGCCCAUGCUUAAGAGUGGUCAAGUGUUCGAGGCGCUGCACCACAUGGUAACUCGUUACGGACAAGUUCUGCAGACCGGCCAAUGCCACCCACCCAUAGAGCCCCAGGAGCUUGGUGUCGGCAUGGUGAUACUCAUUGUCGUUAUCUGCAUCGUCGUUGGGAUCCUUGCCGUGAUUGGGGGCGUGUGCGGUUGGCGGAGGAGUCAUGGUAGCUACCACAAGGGCAGAUCUCACGACCCGGACAAAGGUAGUGACGAACCGAAAACGUUUACUGGCGGGGAAACAGGAGACGGUGGCGGGGUGGCUGGGGGAUCCUUUUAGGGGACGUCAAAGGAAGUGAUGGAACGAGAAGAUGUCGACUGGAUAAUUCUUGUUGGUCGAAGUUGUUAUACUUUCUAACGAUUUGACAAUGUACAAAACAUUCACGGACAAGGUGGUCAACGUUCAUUAUGCCAGUGCAUCAACUAAUUACAUAGCUUACAGACCGUCGCUUGGGACUUUUUAAAUGGUUUCUUAGUGAAAAUUUUGAUUCUCUCUUUAGGAACAAAUAUACACUAACCCAACGCCAAAUUUUAAAUUGACAAAAUGACAAAAAAAAGAAUAGUAGUACGAUUUACAUUUAUAUACAUACACAACAUAUAUGUAUAAAAUAUAUGAAACGGUGUUUCAACUUUUUUCCGAAACGGUAUUUAACAGAUAACGGUGUGUAACACAAUAACGGACGAAGUACAUUCUUUUCCUAUUGUACUUUGGAAAAUAUUGUUUUUCGAAAGAAUUUUAAAAAUAAUUCCUGUGUAUAGUUUUUUAUUGUUUUGUUCGCUCCUUUGGAUAUCUAUUGUUAUGAUGAAAAUGCAAUUGUGUUGAAAUUGAAAACAUAUAGAGAUAGAUAGAUAAUAUAUAUGCAUUUAUUAACUUGUCUUUUUGAGAAAAUGGUUUAAAUAUGUGAAUUAUGUUGUCUAAGUAGCACAAACAUAAUUUGAAGGGAAAGUAUACUCUACAUCGUUCAUCAGUACAUAUCUGCAGCUUGUUGAUCUAGAGUAAAUCCCAGUCAUAUCACUAACACGGCCGGUCAAGUUCCUAUUACUUCAUGUAAAACAUGUUCAUAGUAUACCGACAGACAUUGACAUUGACAACAUCAUCAUCUAACUCCAUAAUGUAAAUAUGUGAACGCCUGCAUAUUCAUAUUUAACGUAAACAUCUUAGUAAUUCUAUUUAGUAAAUAUUAUCAUUAGUAUAUAUAUGUACACAUCAUGUAAUAGGCCUGUUGCAAUUAAAUAUUAUUUUUAAAGAAGGUGUAGGUCAAGUACACAGUCAAAGUGUUUGUAUCGUUAUCUGUUAUCAAAUGAAAGCACGCAUAUACAAGUGUGACAUACAAUGUAUUCGUUUAUACACUUUGCAUAAUAUAAUUAUCGUAUAUACAAUUAACCCUUUAGUGUAUCUUUUUAAUCAAUAAAACACGUGCCAUACAAUGUAUGAAAUGUAGAUUCGUGAAAAAUGACGUAUGUGUCAUUGAAAAUAAAGUUAAAUGUGUCCAAGUGUCCACGCCCUGAUGUUGUUAUUCAUAUUUCUAUUUGUCUUUUAGUAUUACAGUUGAGGUUACUGACUAACUGACUGAAUGAAAGAGUGACCAUAUUAUUUUAGCUUGUUAUGAGUUCAUCGAAACCUGAAUAUGUAAAAAGGAAGGUUUCCAUCUGAAUUUUUGAUAUUCAUACAGUUUAAAUAUAGAGUCUUACAAUGGGGCGUCAAUAGUAAGAUUUGAUAUUUUAAUACUUCAUAUUGAAUGUGAUAUCAAAACUAAAUACAAAAUUCAGUGGAUUGUUUAGAGUAAAAUGUAAAACCAAAUUUAGAAUAUUUCAAGAGAGGUGUCAAAAGAAACGCUUAACAGAAACAUUGUAAUGAGCUGUUAAUAGAAACACUUUUUAAUUCUCAUUUACCAGUGAAAAUACAGGAUCUACA